GAGCAUCUCUGUCUGCUCUCAACAAACUCUUGGAAAAUAAUGGAGCUCAAACCAACCUCCAACAAUGGCCAUAGCUCAACCCCUGAACCAAACCUCGACCUUCCAAACCCUAGCAAUGGCGAAACCCACAAAACCCACGACCCCCAUUUCUUCUACGAAGACAUUGACAGCAACUGCUCCACCCCUUACGUCAGCGCUCCCUCCAGCCCCGGCCGCGGACCCAUCAGCGGUUUCUUCUACAGUGCACCGGCGAGCCCAAUGCACUUUGUCCUCUCUUCAAAUUCACUCAACUCACCCAACUCUUCUUCGUUUGAUACGGCGGCGUCGGAGUUCGAGUUCUCAGCUCGAUUCGGGUCGAAUGGAUCUACUGCGACCGGGCCGAUGAGCUCGGCAGAUGAGCUGUUCUUGAAUGGAAAGAUCCGGCCCAUGAAGCUCUCCACCCACCUGGAAAAGCCCCAGGCGCCGUUGCAAGCUGUCAACGAGGAAGAUGGGGAUGAUCUAUUCGAGUUCGGGCCGCUGAGAGGCAGAGAUCUGAGGAUGAGGGACAAGUCUCUGCGGCGGAGAACGAGAUCCAUGUCUCCGAUGAGAAACAUGCCCUUUGGUUGCGAGAUUUACGGCGAAAAUGAAAUCAGUAAUAAUGACUGUUGCUUUGCGAAAGAUCCGAAGGAGGGUGAUUUGGGGAAGAAGAAGAAGAAGCCGGAGAAUGGUGAGGAGGAGGAGGAGGAGGAGGAAGAGGAGGAGGAAGAAGUUGGGAGCUUGGAGACUACUCCUUCGGUGUCGGCUUCGUCUUCAAGAUCAUCCUCAGCUGGAAGAAACUCGAAAAGAUGGGUGUUUCUGAAAGAUUUUCUCCACAGGAGUAAAAGUGAAGGGAGGAGUAACAACAAAUUCUGGGCCACAAUCUCAUUCUCGAGUAGUGGUAAGGAGAAGAAACCCAUGAAGGGAGGGAGUCAAAAGGAGUCUUUGAAUUUGGGGACGGAGCCCGCGACCCAGAAAGCGAAGGGGGCAAGUGGGUCUGCUCCGGGGAAGAAGCCGGUGGCCGGGAAACCAGCCAACGGAGUCGGGAAGCGGCGGAUGGCUCCGUCGCUUCACGAGCUGCAUUACACUGCCAACAGAGCUCAGGCGGAGGAAAUGAGGAAGAAGACUUACUUGCCUUACAGGCAAGGAUUGCUUGGAUGCUUGGGUUUUAGCUCAAAGGGGUAUGGAGCUGCCAUGAGUACUGGGUUUGCUAGAGCACUAAACCCAGUCUCUUCCAGGUAAAAAGAA